AUGUCUGCUAAACUCAUCUUUGUUGCUGUUUCUGCUGCUCAACUUCUCUCUGCUGUUAUGGCUGGUGUUGCUCUCGGAGGUACUCCCAAUGCUCCUUGGGGCGAAUGUCAUACUUUUGAUCAUAAAUACUCCAUUGAAGCGCAAGAUUGUAUCAAUGGUUUAGCUGUAAAGGUGGAAGUGAACGAAGGUGACAAUAAUGUCUCCACCUACACCAAUAGCAACUGUAAAUGCACGUUUUCUAAGGAAGACCGAACUGGCCAUGUCACUGUUUCCAGCGCUUUUUAUCAUUCGAUUAAUGAUUUGAGAAGUGCUGCUGAUAGAGGUUGCUCUGAUUAUACCUAUAUUGAUCAAACAGAUGCUUCUCGUAACAUGGCUACGUGGUAUUGUUAUGGAAAAUAA